UCGUAGAAAAUCAUAAUGUGCAAAUGCGAACUUGAAGAAAGAGGAAGGCGUAUACUAGGAUUAUUUCUCUGCUUACUCGACGGUAUAUUGGCACUCUCUGGUGCUGCUGUUGCAGCACUGGGUCUUUAUUUGAAUUUCCAUUUAGAAUCUAAAAUGCAGUUUCUUGCUGGCUAUGAUACAGGAACUGUGCCAUCUUUUCUGAUGAUCGUUGGAAUAGCUAUGUUUAUUUCGGGUUCUCUUUUUUCGAAAGCAGCAUUUGAUUGUGCUUAUCCAGACUCUAGGGGAAGAUUCCAGUCAUUUUUAAUAUUUUUCGUAGCUGCAAAGUUUGUGUUGAUUUGGGUGGUAUUUUCUGCUUCCAUGAUGUGUUUUGCCCAUCGAUCUGUGAUUGAAGAGUCAUUGAACAACGGAUUAUUUUCCGUAUUGAAGCUGUAUAAAAAAGAUUUGGAGCUGAAAAUACUCAUAGACAAAUUACAAAUGGAAUAUUUGUGCUGUGGGAGCAACAAUUAUGAAGACUGGUUCAAAGUUAGCUGGGUUAACGAAGACUUUCUGGAUGUGGAAGAUGAAAAUAUCAAAAGUAAAAUGCAGGCUGGAAUGUAUAUGGGCCAUGAUGUUCCUUUCAGUUGUUGCCAUAUUUACACCUACAGACCAUGUGUUCACAGCAAUGUCACCAAAGGAACACGUAGUAAAUACACCCCAACAUUAAACACCAGGGGAUGUGCUGGAAUCCUCAUGGACUUCUUCGAAUCUUCCAUCUUGGAACCUGCAGGAGUUUUCAUUUUGAUGGCAUUUUUUAUUGAAAUACUUUCCACAUUCCUUGCACGGUAUCAGCAAACGUGUAUUGAUGAUGCUAACUUAAUGGAACCAACAGGACCCGGCACUGCUUGUUUAUGUCCGAACAUUGGCACUGGGGAUGCCAUGAAAUAUGUGAAAAGAGAAGAAAAGUUUAAGGAGGAAGCAGAGUGAUGAAUAGCCAAGACCUGGAGAUCCGGCUGUCCCUUUUACUGGUUUUGGCAUCACUGUUAUCCUGGAUUCGAAACUUUCAGCUAGGAAAUUGAGGACUACAACAGAAUCACUAGUAUACCGCGAUGAUGUCAAGAUUUUGCGUUUAUAAGUACACAACUUGUGUGGAAUGAAUAAUCACUUAUUCUUUACAAUGAGAAAGAGUUGAAAUAAAAUCAUUACUAAACAG